AUUAUUUCCUCCUCGUCUCUAGUGCUUCUUGCCAACACUAUGUCUGACGACGGGACAGAGGCCCCUGCCAGCGCCCAGGUGGCUGCGGAAGAACCAGUACCGCAGCCGAGCGUGAUGGACCGCGUGGCCAACAUGCCCUUCAUCAGCUCCACCUGCGACAUGGUGUCUGCCGCCUACGCCUCCACCAAGGAGUUCCACCCCCACGUCAAGUCCGUCUGCGACGCGGCCGAGAAGGGCGUGAGGACCCUCACGGCGGCCGCGGUCAGUGGAGCCCAGCCCAUCCUCUCCAAGUUGGAGCCGCAGCUUGCCUCUGCCAGUGAGUACGCCCACAAGGGGCUGGACAAGCUGGAGGAGAACCUGCCCAUCCUGCAGAAGCCCCCUGAGAAGGUCCUGGAAGACACCAAGGAGCUCCUCUCCUCCAAAGUGUCCGGUGCCCGGGAAAUGGUGACCCACACAGUAUCCAGUGCCAAGGACACCGUGGCCAGCCGUGUGACAGAGGCAGUGGGCGCCACCCGGGGCACUGUGCAGAGCGGCGUGGACAUGACCAAGUCCAUGGUGACCAGCGGGGUCCACUCAGUCAUGGAGUCCCGCAUGGGCCAGAUGGUCCUGAGCGGGGUAGACACGGUGCUCGGCAGGUCGGAGGAGUGGAUGGAUAACCACCUGCCCAUGACCGACAAAGAACUGGCCGACAUCGCCACAGCCCUGGAGGAGGAGGGCGGCGGCGUGCACACCGCCUCUGUGCAGCAGCAGCGGCAGCAGCAGAGCUACUUCGUGCGCCUGGGCUCGCUCUCGUCACGGCUGCGCCAGCGCGCCUACCAGCACUCGCUGGGCAAGCUGCAGCUCACCAAACAGAGGGCCCAGGACGCCCUGCUGCAGCUGUCGCAGGCACUUAGCCUGAUGGAAACGGUCAAGCAAGGGAUGGACCAGAAGCUGGUGGAGGGUCAGGAGAAGCUGCACCAGAUGUGGCUGAGCUGGAGCCAGAAGCAGCCCCAGGGGGCCGAGCAGGACGCCAAGCAGACCGGGACCCAGCAGGACGCCAAGGCGACUGAGCAGGAUGUGGCCAAGCCAGAGCAGGUCGAGUCCCAGGCCCUCACCAUGUUUCGGGACACUGCCCAACAGCUGCAGACCACCUGCACCACGCUGGUGUCCAACCUCCAAGGUCUGCCCGCCAGCGUCAAAGACAAGGCCCAGCAUGCCCGCCGCCAGGCCGAGGACCUCCAGGCCAGCUUCUCCGGCAUCCACUCUUUCCAGGACCUGUCCAGCACCGUCCUGACCCAGAGCCGAGAGCGCGUCUCAAAGGCCCGUGAGGCCCUCGACGAGAUGGUGGAGUACGUGGCCCAGAACACGCCCAUCACGUGGCUGGUGGGGCCUUUUGGCUGCUCCGUGAGGCCCCCCAACACGCUGACUGGGGAGGUGGACGCCUGA